UGUGGAUGGGUGGGUGGGAGGAAACUUAGUGAAUGCCUCAUACAAAGUUGAGCAGAUCGAGGGCUGUUCCCAAGCAGGCUUCUUGCAGCAAGGGGCUUGGAGCAGAGUGGCCAGCAGCGGGUCCUUUGGACGGGGCUUUUGACCUAGAAAAGGAUCUCCUGAACAGUCCCCCGCAGCCUUGUCUUCCCUCUGCAGCACAGGUGGUGUCUUGGAACAGGCCUAGGGGCGCAGCACCAUGGCCACGCUGAGCCUCAAGCCCAGCCAACGUUUCCGGCUGCCGGACUGGCACACCAAUGCACAACUGUUGUCCACCAACGCUGAGCUGAAGCGAGAUGCAUCACACCAGAUCCGCCAGGAGGCCCGGGUCCUCCGUAAUGACACCAACAAUCAGACCAUUUGGGAUGAACACGACAAUAGGACCCGACUGGCAGAGAGGGUUGACACAGUCAACCGAUGGAAGGAGAUGCUGGACAAGUGUCUGACGGAUCUAGAUGCAGAGAUCGACGCGCUGACACAGAUGAAAGAAUCAGCAGAGCAAAACCUGCAGGCCAAGAACCUGCCUCUGGAUGUGGCGAUCGAGUGCCUGACCCUGCGGGAUAGUCGGCGUGACAUUGACGUGGUGAAGGACCCUGUGGAGGAAGAGCUGCACAAGGAGGUGGAGGUCAUCGAUGCCACCAAGAAGGCCUUGCAACAGAAGAUUAGCCAGAGUUUUGAGAAGCUCUGCCUCCUGCAGGAAGUCCGACAGCAGCUCAACUCCGACCACCGGGGCAAAGUGGAGACAUUGGACAUAGACAGAGGUUGCCUCUCUCUCAACCUCAAGUCCCCAAACAUCUCUCUGAAGAUUAAUCCCACCCGUGUCCCCGAUGGAUCCUCCACGCUUCAACAGUGGGAUGAGUUCAGUCGGUUCAACAAGAACCGGGCAGAGGCUGAGAUGAAAGAAGCCACAGAGCUGAGGGAGGCCAUCGCCCUCACUAUUGCUGAGACCAACAAUGAACUUGAAGCUCAGAGGGUUGCAACAGAAUUCGCAUUCAGGAAGCGGCUGCGGGAGAUGGAGAAAGCGUACAGUGAGCUCAAGUGGCAAGAGAAGAAUACCUUGGAGGAGAUUGCUGAGCUACAGGAGGACAUCCAGCACCUGGAGGAGGACCUGCGCAGGAAGUUACUGAACCUGAAGCUGUGCCAUACCCGGCUGGAGUCCAGAACCUACCGGCCCAAUGUGGAGCUCUGCCGGGACCAGGCACAGUACGGCCUCACUGAUGAGGUUCACCAGUUAGAGGCAACCAUCGCUGCCCUAAAGCAGAAGCUGGCACAAGCACAGGACGCUCUGGAUGCCCUGUACAAGCACCUGGCCCGGCUGCAGGCUGACAUCGCCUGCAAGGCCAACUCCAUGCUGUUGGACACCAAGUGCAUGGACAUUCGUCGGAAGCUGACUGUGCCUGCUGAGAAGUUUACACCUGAGGUGGACACCUUCACCCGCACCACAAACCGUACCAUGAGUCCACUCAAAAGCUGCCAGCUGGAGCUGGCCUAGCCUUGGGGGCUGAGGUGGGAGAGGAAGGUUAGGUGGGAGGGAAUGGAAGAGAAAGGAGUUUGGAGAAAAUGAAUCUAAUAAAUGUUGGGUUUCUCAGUCUA